AUGUCUGCAUCAAGAGAUGCCUUCUCGCCGGCAGCGUCGUGGCAGACGGAGGAAGACGAUGACGACAUGGACUUUGAGCUCGCCAGCAGUGAAGUAACGCCGUCAGCCGAGGAGGACGAUGAGGAGGACGAUGCCGGAGGCGACACGACGCUGUACUUCGAUGCCGAGGAGGGGACGUUCCGAGAUGCCGACGGCGAUGAGAUUACGCUGGAGAUGGGUACUGAAGAGGAAGAGGAAGAGGAAGAGCAGGACGGAGAGCAAGAAGAUGGGAGCCAGACGCCGCAACAGCAGAGACCGCAGACGAUCACAAUAACCCAGCAGCAGAUCCUGCAACUUCUCUCGCACGCCGGCAUCCGCGGCAUCUUCCCUGGAGGCGUCACCACACGAUCGCAGGCACGGCGGCAGCAUGUGGAACUGGGCGCGGAUGGCGAGGAGGAAGACGACGAGGAGUCAUAUCUGGGCUACGGGGCGAGCAGAUCAAGGAGACGAGCGAGAAGAACUGCGGCGGGAGAUCGAUAUCCUGCCAUUCCCUCAGAAGAGGGCAAGAAGCUAAUGGAAAACGGCACAUUCGGCAGAAACGACAGGUGUCAGCAUACCGCUUGUGGAUCGCCGUACUCGCAAGAAAGCCAACGGAAGCGGAGGAAGCUGGCCAGGCGCAUGUUCGAUCGCGAGAUGGGCGUUGAAAACCGUGGUCGUGCCAAAGCUCUCAGCAGUCUCGCCUCUCAAGACCUCAUCCCCGGCUCCAAGGCAGAUCUUAUCAUCAAUCUCAACGCGCGAUGUUAUUCUGGUCAAUUCUCCGAAGACGGCAGCUUCUUCUUCGCAUGUGGCCAGGACUUCAAGGUACGUAUGUAUGACACGAGCAACCCUUACGAUUGGAAGUACUACAAGACGGCCAACUACUACGGCGGGCAAUGGACCAUCACAGAUGCCUCUCUCUCACCAGACAAUCGCCUUCUCGCCUACAGUAGUAUACGAAGUCAAAUCUGCCUGGCGAAUACCGAACAAGGCGACAUGAGCGAGCCACAGAUGCUGGACUUCAGCGACAUGGGUUCAGGUGGCCAUGGUGGAGGUGGUGGUAGAGGCUGGGGACGGCAUCACGGCCACUUUGGCAUUUGGUCAUUGAGGUUUUCUGGAGACGGCGGUGAGAUAGUAGCAGGAACAUCCGACCAAAGCGUAUAUGUCUACGACCUCGAAGCCCGCCGCAGCAUCCUACGGAUUCCUGGACAUGGGGACGAUGUGAAUGCGGUGUGUUUCGGCGACAAGCUUAGUCCACACAUUCUGUACUCUGGAUCGGACGAUACCACUCUCAAGGUGUGGGAUCGAAGGUCGCUCUCCAGCAUGAGGCCAGCGGGUAUGUUCCUUGGCCACACCGAAGGUUUGACAUAUAUCGACAGCAAGGGCGAUGGCAGGUAUGUUAUCAGUAAUGCCAAGGAUCAGACGUGCAAGCUUUGGGACCUGCGCAAGAUGAUUAGCACGGAUGUUGGAGAGAGAAUCAACCCUCAGGACUAUACUACCAACUUUGACUACCGCUUCUCGCCGUAUGAUACCGACGAUCACACACCUCACCCCCACGACUGCUCUCUCGUCACAUUCCGCGGCCAUCGCGUAUUGAAGACGCUCAUCCGCUGCCACUUCUCUCCGCCUGGCUCAACCGACGGGCGGUACAUCUACAGCGGCUCGCAUGACGGCAAGAUCUACGUCUGGAACCUGGAUGGCACUCAAGCCUCUGAGCCCAUCAAUGUCCUCGCCGCCACCAAGAACUCACGACCCGCAAGUGAUGAGCGUUUUGUCGAUCGAUACGAUUACUACGGCCAUGGAGGAGUGUGGAAGACUAUCGUGCGAGAUUGCUCAUGGCAUCCAUCUGCACCUGUCAUUGCCGCCACAUCUUGGAAUGGCUGGGAUCACGGCCUUGGAACGUGUACAGUGCACAGCUGGAUCGACGGGGCAGAGAACGAUGAAGUGGCUGGCGAUGAAGAGGAGUGUGCGAACGGCUCGGCGUAUGCCAAGGCAGGCAGUCUGGGAAGCAGUCCGAUGGGCGCCAGAGUCACUGCACAGCUUCAACAUGAUGCACGCUACUACGGCCGGCAUGAGGGCGGUGCAAAGGAGGGCGAGUUCAGCGAGGCGCAAUACGACGACAUGAGCGAUGAACAAAGCAGUGGGGGAGAAGAGUGA